AUGAAGCCACAGGGAUCUGGGUCGGGAUCUAAACCCAGACCUGCUCCCAGCUCUCUGUCUCUGAGAAGUGACCGCUCCAAAGCCCUUCCUAUGAACUUUAGAGACGAUCCUCCUGAAAUCCAGAGCCUCUACAACAUGGAGCCACGAGGAUCUCGCCCCGGGUCAAAACCCAGACCUGAACCCGCCCCCAGGUCUCUGUCUCUGAAAAGUGACCGCUCCAAAGCUCUUCCUAUAAACUUUAGAGACGGUCCUCCUGAAGACCAGAGCCUUUACAACAUGAAGCCACAGGGAUCUGGGUCGGGAUCUAAACCCAGACCUGCUCCCAGCUCUCUGUCUCUGAGAAGUGACCGCUCCAAAGCCCUUCCUAUGAACUUUAGAGACGAUCCUCCUGAAAUCCAGAGGGACCUGGGUCCAAAGGGGCCGCUGGACGCCAUCUUGAGGCGUCUGGAGGAGGACGUCCUGACUUUUGUCAAAGAGCAGCUGCAGAGGCUCAACAGGUUUCUGGCCUCAGAUUACCCAGAAUUCUCUGAGAGUGAGGAGCAGAGCAGAGAGGUUCUGAACAUCGCCCUGGACUUCCUGAAGAGGAUGAAGCAGGAGGAGCUGGUCCAGCGCCUGCAGAACAGAAGCACUGUUGGAGUUUGUAGAGAUGAACUGAAGAAGCAUCUGCAGCAGAGGUUCAGCCACUCAGACCUGCAGGAAUUUGACCUGAGAAAAUACCAGGCCUCAGAGAAAGCUCUCCUGGGUCUGCUGCCAGUGGUGAAAGCCUCCACCAAAGCCCUGUUGUCCUUCUGUGGACUGUCCCCUCACAGCUGUGGUCCUCUGGCCUCAGUCCUUAUCUCCUCCAGUCUCACACACCUUGAUCUCAGUAACAACGACCUCCAGGACUCAGGAGUGGAGCUGCUGUGUUCUGGGCUGAAGAGUGUCCCCUGUGGACUGCACACUCUCAGGCUGUCUGGAUGUCUGAUCUCAGAGAGGGGCGGGGCUGCUCUGGCCUCAGCACUAAGCCCUGCCUCCUCACAUCUAUACCCCGCCCCCUCCCACCUGAGAGAGUUAGACCUGAGCUACAACCAUCCAGGAGGUUCAGCAGCGCUGCUGAUGACUCUACAAGAAGAUCCAUACUGCCCCCUGCAGGCUCUCAGAUUGGAACCUGCUGGAGAAAUGUGGAUGGUUCCAGGUCUGAGAAAGUAUUUGUGCAGAGUGUCUGUGCUCCUGGAUUCAGAGGCUGGAUCUCUGUCCUUCUUUCACGUCAAACCUGAUGGAGAACUGUCCCACCUCCACACCUGCACCUCCUCCUUCACUGAGCCUGUGUUCCCUGGGUUUGGACUGUGGUGUGACGGUUCCUCUGUGUCUGUGUCUGUGACGGAUCAUAGGAGAGCGCCCUCUGCUGGACUUAAGUGA